AUGCACCCGCCUUCUUCUCCCAUCCCCCUCCUCAUCGCAAUACUCAACCCCACACCACGUCCCAUGAUCCGGAACCACAUACCUCCUCCGCCGGAAGUCGUACCGCUCACACGCCCCCCGCCUCGCCCACGGGAACGGCGUCUCGUCUCCCCCGGCGCAGCAGCACUCCUGCGGACACUCCCACCCGGACCAAUUGAUCCGUUGCUGAUUCUGGCUCCGGCUGUUGAUCUUCCCGACAUAUAUAUCCGGCCCGCGAUUGGUCAGGACAUCGAAGAGGCGCCACCGACGGGGCCAGCGCGAGGGGUUACCUGGCCGGGGAUCUUUCGGCCAGAUCCAGCCUAG